AUGGAUAACCAAUUGGAGAAUGGAUGUUCAAUAGUCUAUGCAUUCACAGAACGCCAGAAUUUGAGUGAAGUCUGUUAUGUCAAAGCUGCCUUUCCACAUAUCCUGGAGUUGCUGAACACACACUUCAACUAUGCAAAGAACUCUGACAACCGGAGAUAUGUCAGCACUUUGAGAAGGGUCAUCUUCAACCUUUAUUCCCAAGGAUGUGUACCAGAAAUCAAUGAAGAGAUUGAGGACAGCCCCGUGAGCUUCACCAGGGUCCUGUGCAGCUCUCCUAAGGAGGCUCUUCAGAAGGCCCGGGGCGUGGUGGAGCUGUAUGCGGUGCUGCUGCGGCAGCGGAGCAGCCCUGUGGACUGGAGCUGUCAAGAGGAGUACGCUGCCCUGGAGUACGAGGAGGGGGAGGGGGAGGAGCCACCAGCAACCAUCACGCCACCAGCAACCAUUCCCAUACCGGACACGACAGCCUCCGGCCGCCACUCCAUCCUCCUCCACGGCUCAAAGCUACAGUCCACGGACACAGCCUGCCCAAGACCCAACCACAGCUGCCCUGCCUCCGGGUUUCAUCCGUCAUCCAUAUCACACGGACACAACAAUGUCUCAUGGGACUAUCGACAAAGAUAA